AUGGGUACGAUAAACCAAGGAAUAAGCUUGUUUGAUGAACCACAAAACAUCAUAAACCCUAAUAAUACUAACCAUCUAGGGCUUUUUUUCUCUUUCCCUAAUCAAACACUAUCUUCGUCAUCUUCUUCUUCUUCAUCUCCUCCUUCUCUUAUGUCUCCAUUUCUAAGUUAUCACUCCUUAAACUCCUUCCUUCACAAUAAUUCCUCUUCCUUUGUUAUUCAUCCUCAAGAUCCAAUCAAUCUCAUGGCGAAUCUCCCGGAAACCCUAAUCUCGAUCUCUUCUUUAUCUUCACCAAAGCAAAGGGAUGUUCAUGAUGGUAUUGUUAAUACUGAUCAUCAUUGUCUUACCGGUGGUAUAUCAUCUCAAAGACCCUCUUUAAAUCCAUGGGCAUGGAGUAGUCAAGCAGGAUACGGAUACAGCAAGCAAAACAACCGUGUAACCGAGAUUGAUGGUGAUGUUGGUGAAGGUGGUGGCGUUAAUGAUAAUCAACAUCAUGAAACUCCUCCUCGUCAUAAGCAUACCACGAAGCCGUUAGGAGUAGUGCCUACCCUGAAGAUGAAGAGGCUUAAGACAAGAAGAAAAGUGAGGGAGCCUCGGUUUUGCUUCAAAACACUAAGCGAUGUUGACGUGUUAGAUGAUGGUUAUAGAUGGAGAAAAUAUGGCCAGAAAGUUGUCAAGAACACUCAACAUCCCAGGAGCUAUUACAGAUGCACACAAGAAAAGUGUAGUGUGAAGAAGAGAGUGGAAAGAUUAGCAGAAGAUCCAAGAAUGGUAAUCACUACUUACGAAGGAAGACAUCUCCACUCUCCUUCGAAUCAUCUCGACGACGACUCUCUCUCCUCCUCUCACCACUCUCCUCUCUCCAACUUCUUCUGGUGA